AUGGGAAGGAAACAAAUACUAUAUGUAAUUAUUUGUUUCAAUACAUUAGCAACAAUAUGCGGGAAUAUACUACACCAUCCAUGCAGCUUUUUUCCAAGAUGUAAAUGCAGCUUAGAACAUCCUAAAAACGAUGUAAGGGCCGAUUGCUCACAUAUACAGCUGAAAAGGAUCCCAAACGUUCCAAGUUAUGUUACAAAGUUGAUCCUAAAAAAUAACCUCAUUGAUGAAAUACCAAAUGGUGUCUUUUCCACCAAUACAUUCCUCACUGAAAUAGACUUGUCUAAUAAUAGGAUUCAUAGACUUACAGAAAUGUCGUUGAACGGUCUUCAAAAUUUACUAAAAUUAAGCUUGCAAAACAAUGAUUUGUCGAGAGGAAAGCAUUCGUUUGAUGCGAAAACGUUUUCACAUUUACAGAGUUUGAAAUAUUUAAACUUGAAAAAUAAUUUCGUUGAAAACUAUCACCCAGACAUUUCAAAACUAAUUUCACUUGAAAGUUUACAUAUUGACUUCUUGUCAAAGGGAAUUUCCGUUAUGAGCAAACAAUAUAGUAAACUGAAAAAAUUGGCAAUGCUCGAUCUUUCAGGGUCAUCUGGAAAUUGUUCACUACCAAUUUUGAAAAACGAAUCCUUCCAGUUUAUUUCUCAGGUUCAACAUUUAGAUAUAUCAACCUGCAAGAUUCAACAAAUUCAUAAAGGAGCAUUGACCAUUUUGAAAAAUAUAACAUAUCUAGACGUAUCAAAUAAUACGUGCAUUAAAUUCGAAGGAUUGGAAAACAUUACAAGUGAUUUACAAUUUUCGAACAUUAACAUUCUUAAGGUUAACUAUCUUCACAAAAUUGAGGAUCUGACUACAGUUUUAGAAACGUCUCAUAUUAAGGGUUUACAUAACACUUCCCUUCAAUAUGUGUUUGCCGAUGGUAAUCGUCUACAAACUAUAGAGAAAAACACAUUGACAUAUCUUCCAAAAUCACUUAAGUUUUUAUCCGUUAGACGAAAUCCUUUGAAGUUUGGAUACUAUAUAUUAGAUAUACUUCCGCUUACUAAUUUAGAAACUGCAGACGUUUCAGAUCUUUAUCGUCAUAAAACAGACCUUAAUCCCGAAAAAUGCAUUUUUCAUUCAAUAUGCACAUACAAAGAAGACUCUGUCAAUGAACCCAGUUAUAUUGACCAAAGUGGGAUCUCCUCACUUUAUGUUCAAGACGAGACCAGAAAAGGGGAUAUUCCAGAUCUCUUUAAUCUUGCUGAAAUACCGAUUCCAAAAAAUUUGAAACACCUAAAUUACAGCUCUGCAAGUCUGAUAAUGGAUGUAUCUAAGUUAAUGCUUUCAAGAAACAAGCUAGAGACCGUUGAUUUUAGUAAUAACGUAUUGCAUUCAUUGAUUGGUCCUAUCUACAAUGUAGACAGUCUAAAAAUUCUAAACGUGUCUACUAAUUUCUGCAGCAAUAUUUCAAAAUUCUUCUUUAGCUCUGAUUUUAAAAACUUAGAGCGUUUAAACUUUCAAAAUAAUUUACUUGGUUAUGUACUUCCUGACGAUAUCGAUGGUAACAUUUUUCAUAAUUUGGAAUCGCUUACUGAGCUCGUGCUUUCUAAAAAUAGAAUUCCAAAUCUACCGGAGAAUAUAUUCAAAUCACAAAGAAAUCUACAAAAACUUGAUUUAAGUGAAAAUAUGUUUACAGACAUAACUUUUCGUGUAUCACACAUGAUGCAUUUACAGGAAUUAAAUUUGAGUGGAAACAGAAUAACGAUUGUCGGUGACUCUAUUUCAUCACAAUGGGAAUCUUUAGCCAGAAAACAUAACUUGUCUGUGGAUUUGACUGAAAACUUGUUGGAAUGUAAUUGUAUAUCAAUCAAGUUUAUUGAAUGGAUGACAACCACCAAUGUCCGUCUAAAGAAUAUAAAAAAGUAUAAGUGCAUGUUAUGGAAUCGAUCAACCAUUAUUCUUCAUAAUCCAAGGGAAACUUACAAUUUAUUAAAGAGACAUUGCAUAUCAUAUGAACCAUUAGAAAUAGCCUUAGUUUCGGCUAUUUUACUAUGUAUUAUACUUAUUAUGGCAUCACUCAUUUACAGAUACAGAUGGAAGCUUCGUUACUUAUAUUACAUCGUGAAAGUAAAGUAUAGCAGCUUACAUUCGGAAAAUGAGGAAGAAUAUUCUUACAUGUAUGGAGCAUUUGUAUCUUAUGCAGAUGAAGAUCGAAUGUUUGUUCACAAUACGCUUCUACAAAAACUUGAAGUUGAAAACGGAAUUCAAUUAUGCCUACACAAGAGAAAUUUCCUGCCCGGAAAUGACAUUGCUACUAAUAUCACAUCCGCAAUUCAUAACAGUCGCAAAACUCUAGUGAUAAUGUCUCAUAACUUUUUAAAAUCAUACUGGUGCAUGUUCGAAUAUAAUAUGGCUCGAAUGGAAAGCAUAUACGAACGAAGAAACGAAAACGUGCUUUUCUUAAUGUUUUAUGAACAAAUGUCUUCAUGUGACCUUCCGCUGAAUGUGCUUGAAAUGAUUCAAUCCAAUUCAUAUAUAGAAUAUCCGAAUGAUGAAUAUGGGGAUACAGUUUUUUGGGACCAGUUGGUAAAUGCCUUAAAAUAAAAUGUACAAAACGGAAUAUUUUGAUUUAUCUCACUCUGCUUACCUAUAAAGAAAUAAGCUGAAGAUACCAAGGUGACAUUCAAAACUCUUCCUUCUACAUGUUCUAAGAGAAAAUGACAACGCCAUAGGAAACGAAAAUACAACAAAAGAUAGGACAAAAAAGUCCACAAAAUGCUCCAUAGAAAACAAUAGACUGAUAAACACAAACCAUAGCAAAACCAGGGGUAGAUUUUAUGUGCUCCUAAAGGUUAAGGAAAUCCGGCUCCACAUGUGGAACCCGUCAUGUUGAUCAUAGAAUUUACAAACAAAGAUGAUAAGUCUCAUUCGGUGAUGUCAAAGUCGAUAAAGGAGAAAGUCACAUGUGACACGUAGAUGUGCUGUAAACAUGCACGUUGUAUGUUUGAUGUCGUUGUUGUUCUUAUCUUAUCUCUUUUUUUUUGUUGUAGCUCGAUUCACGUCUUAUUGGCAUGUAUAUUUGUAUUUAA